AUGAUGAGAUUAAAUAUAACGAGAUUGACUAAGAGAAUGAAUAUGAAACCUCCCUCAGAAAAUGAUUUUAGCACUCUACUAAUUGCAAAGAAUACUCCGAUUCGUUAGCUUUCCAUAUCAACUCGGUCUUCGAAAAACUCUUAAAUUGUUCGAAGAUUGCCUACCAAUCACAAUUAAUAGUCCUAAUAGUUAACGAGUAGAACAAUAUCAGUUCAUGAUACGCAUUUCCAUAGUGAGCCCUUGAAGGAGAAACAAAUCUCAGUCAACACCAUAUAAAAUAAGAAGAAUUCUUCAAGAAGAUUAAUUGGUCUGUAAACUCAGCCCAGUCUCAUCAUUAAACCAAAGUUUGCAGAUAUUAAAUAUGAGAUGAUUGAUAUCUAUUAAUUAAAUAUAGCCUAACCAAAAAUACUAUAUAAAGGUAAUAGAGAUACAACUCAUCUAUAAAGGAUUGCCAUCAUAGGUGAAUCAGUCUCACUUAACAGAUAGUUAAUCUAAAAAAUUAAAUCUGAAUGCAUAUUAGUCUUAUUAACUAAUAACUUAUCUUAAAUAAAUGAUUAGUAUGAUUGCAUAAUGUAACCCCCUCGCAUUCAUCCAAAUGAUGUUUUGAGUUAUUAAAGGAAUGUGAAUUAGAUUUGGAUAAAUGUGAAUCAUUUGAUACAUACAUUUAAAUAGCCAGAAUAAAUCAUCAUGAUCGAAGAAGUUGUAAAUGAAAACAAUACCUUCAGCCUUGAGGAUUUAAAAAAUAAAAUAUUGUAUGCUGGAAAUUGUAAGAUGAUUCAUCUCUUUCUUUAAAAGGCGAAACCAAAUCUCUAGAAAUUAUAUUAUGUCCUUUGUCAUAUAUUUAAGUAUGAACAAUAGGAUUUGAUAUAGUUAAAUCUUAAAAGGAUUCUGCAAGAAUGCUCUGAAAAUUGUCUCCAAAUUUAAUCUAAAUUAACAUAUCUUCAAAAGGUAGUCGAUAUAAAGAAAAAGUGUAAAUAACAAUUUAAAAAGGAACAAAUGCCCAUAGAAUCUCCAGAAGACAGAGCAGAAAAUUUGAGAGAUUGUGUAAUUGAAUACAUCAAGAGUCGUACUACGAAUAAAAUUACGGGAAUGUACUUUAUAGUUGGAGAUCAAAUUAUGAGAAACAUAUAAUUUUUUAGAAAUAGACAGGAAGAUAAAUAUUUCACAGAGAAGAAACAUUAGGAAGCACUUCAAAUAUUAUAAAACACACUUCAACCUACAAAGCAUGCUCAUAUUUGUUCAUAAUAAUAUGCAUUUUAUUUACUAUGA